AUGAUGGACUCAACCAAAGCACUCGCCAUACUGGCCUUUGGUGCCAGUGCUGCGGCGCUUCCACAGAGUCGACCAUCUCUGCCUAUUGCUGUACCUGCUCCACCUGCUCCCCCGCCUGGAUUUGAUGCUGGUACCACCAUUGCCGUUGGCGUGCCUCUUAUAUCAGUCUCUGUUGGUGGAGAGCUUGCCGUUGCGACUCCAACCUUACCACCAGUAGAUCUUUCUUUGCCUCCGGUCGGCUUGCCUCCAAUCCCGGUUCCGAUUCCUUCGAUCCCCCGUCCAGAUCUUCCAGUGAUUGAUUUGCCUGGGUUGCCCGUCAUUUCUCCUCCAGACGUCGGCAUUCCUGCUAUCGGGCUUCCAGAUAUUUCGAUCCCCGCAAUCGGAUUACCACCUCUCCCCGGACGACCAACUCUGACUCCUCCAUCUCCCCCAAGUCUGCCGGGCUGGCCUCCUCUGUCUCCACCAAGUCUCCCUGGCUUGCCUCCUCUGUCUCCUCCAAGUCUCCCAGGUUUGCCUCCCGUUUCUCCCCCGAGCUUGCCUGGCUUACCUCCUGUUUCUCCCCCGAGCGUACCUGGCUUGCCUCCUGUUUCUCCGCCAAGCCUACCUGAAUUGCCUCCUAUCUCCACCCCGAGUUUGCCUGGCUGGCCUACUAUCUCUCUUCCCACGGGACUGCCCAGUAUUCCUUUGCCGGAUCUACCGGGUGUGCCUGAUCUGCCUGACCUUCCCGGUCUGCCUGUUCUUCCUGGCUUCCCUGAUCUUCCUGGUCCUCCUGAUCUGCCAGACCUGCCAGAUCUGCCAUCUUGGCCAUUGUCUCCCCCAAGUCCCCCAAGUCCCCCAUCACUUCCUCCUAUCGGUAUUCCGGACAUCGACGUUGAUGUUGAGCUGCCUGUUGGCCCUCCAAAGGUCCCAUCUACACCUGGUCUCCCAUCUCUGCCACCUGCUCCUGGUCUCCCAUCUCUCCCACCUGCUCCAGGUGUCCCAAGUGUCCCAAGUAUCCCUCUUCCAGCUACGCCUGAACUCCCUGGUGCGGACGCUGCUUGCAAGUUGGGCAACGCCGUUCUAUCAGCUUUCGUCGCUAUCUUCGUCAAGGGCCUCAGCUCCUUUGGCAUCGGAAAUGUCCCUAGCGUUUCGACCCCAGCAUUCCCUCCUAUUCCUAUCAUCCCAGUAGCUCCAGCCUUGCCUGCACCUCCAGCCGUCCCCGCGGCUCCUGCCAUACCCCGCGUUGCCAUCCCUCUAUAG